AUGACUACUAUACCACCCUUUCAUAAUCCUACCAAAAGCGCACCUCGUCCUUUCCUUGCUCAAGUAGACGAUCAGUUAAAUAAACGUAUAGACGAUGAUACAGCCAAGCUUGUAGAUUGUUUCACUGACAUUGUGCGAAUUGGGGAGAAUAAAGACAAAGACAAGUUUAAAGUAGCUCAAGAAGGAUACCAGAUAGAAAGCCAAGCAGCACAGAUUGUGAGAUCAUGUGAAUCAUUAUUGUCAUUAACAAACGAAUUGAAACAAUAUUUACUACUUAAUGACUCUCAGACACUAGCGCAACUACGAAAAACACAGUCAGAGAAACUCACUGAAAGCACAAAUAUGAUAAGAUCUAAAGUAGACACCAUGAGAAGUGAAUUAGCAAAAGCUAUAUUUGAUUUAGAAACAGUUUAUUAUCGCUCUUUAACUGAUGAAUAG